UUAGGUGAGAACCAAGCUUCAAUUACAUGUGUUGAUACAAAAUGAUUAUAUAAAGAAAAAUCAAAAAUACACAAGUUCUAUCAAUAAAAAAAUCAGUUAUGUAAUGCAGUUGUACAUUUCGAAUACAUGAGUAAUGCAGUCUUUUCCAUCCGUUGAAUAAUUCAUGACGAAUAAUGUUUUACUGCAAUAAGUUGCUACAAAUCAUUGCAAUGGUGUACUCAGAAGAGUUGAUAACAUGAACACAUUGUAAGAUAGGAGUCGCGAGGAGGUGGUUACCUACAUUAGUGUUCAUCAGCCAAAGGGCAAACCCAGAUUGCAGGAAUACCCUAUCUGCACUCUGCACGCUUUCUAGUACAGGUUCUCUGGUAACGUGAAAAACUCAGGGAGGGCAGUCCUCUCUAGUUUGUCCAAUCGAGUUUCAGAUAACAUUUUAAAAACCAUAAAUGUGCCAAUAAGAAAAAAUGAUGAAAACAUUUCCUAUCUGUAAUUGGUUUGUUUCAUUUCUUGCUUUUAACAAACCACACAUGGCAGGUGGUUGGUUUCCGAAAGCAAAUAAAAUCACUUAGGCAAAAGAAUAUCUGUUGAGUCUUCUGGGCGCACGUUAAAACAGCAAUAUAAUUAUUUCUGCUUUCGUUGUUCAGUGAUGUUCCUGGGUAGGAGUAUUUAGGAGAUUUAUCAGUGGAUGCUCACGGGCUUUACUGCAUUACAUCGCAUCGAGGUACUCGGCGGGUCGGGGCGGCCGUGCUGAUCGCAGCUCGAGGCGGGCGCGGGGACCGGGACCGAGCGGUUACCGAGCAACCACCGCCGCUGCCGGUCGCAGGCCCGGGUAACUCGGCGUCGUCCUUCUCAAGCCGGAGAUGAAGUGUUUUGAAAGAGGUGGCGAGAAAUGAGGAAGCGUUGUUCUAAAGAGGAAAAGAGAAAAAGAAGAAAGGGGAAGGCCUUCAUGUGUAGGCCGUGCCUGGCCCUGUCGCCCAUGGGCUUUCUCAGAUAGGCGCCGCCGGCAUCCGAGGAAGCAGCAGGAGAAAAAUCCCCAUCAGGAGGCAGCGCACCCAAGAUGGGACUGGGAGGAGGCGGCUGCGUCCAGGUGUCGGCGACUGAGAUUGACGAGGGCUCGAGUUCACUCGGAAAACGAGAUACCUGAAGCAGCAGCGCGAAGCGCCCGUGUGUUCGGAGGACCCGCUCCGUUCCCGGUUCAAUGGCAGUAUGUUACCAGUACCAGUUACCGGUGCUGCCUCUCGACAGACCGGUACCCAAGCACGUCCUGAGCCGCCGAGGGGCCAUCAGCUUCAGCUCCAGCUCGUCCCUCUUCGGCUGCGCCAACCCAAGACUCCUGUCACAGAGGCGAGGGGCAAUAUCGUAUGAAAGCUCAGACCAGACUGCUCUGUACAUUCGUAUGUUAGGGGAUGUACGAGUGAGGAGCCGGGCAGGGUUUCAACCUGAAAGAAGAGACUCUCAUCCUUAUGUUGAUUUCCGACUUUUGCACUUACCACCAGAAACUGGAGAAUUGGCUUCAGCAAGGAAGAUAAGAAGGUUGUUAAGUUUUCAAAGAUAUUUUCGAUCAGGUCAUUUAUUUCGUGGUGUUCCUUCUCUGGAUUCUCUCUGCAUACUGGAUGAUAACUACAGUGGCCAAGCCAUGUGUAUGCUAGAAAAGGAUGGAAGUUGGAAUUUUGACAUCUUUCUUUUUGACAGAUUAACAAACGGAAAUAGUCUGAUUACUUUGACCUUCCACUUGUUUAAAUACCAUGGACUUAUAGAACAUUUCAACUUAGAUUUGGUAAAAUUGCGUCGAUUUUUAGUUAUGGUUCAGGAGGACUACCACCGUAACAACCCUUAUCACAAUGCAGUACAUGCUGCUGAUGUAACUCAGGCCAUGCACUGUUACCUAAAGGAAGUGAAGUUUGCAAAGUCUGUUUCUCCAUGGGAUAUUCUGGUGGGUUUGCUGGCAGCCGCCACACAUGACAUGGAUCAUCCUGGUGUUAACCAGCCUUUCCUAAUCAAAACCAGUCACUACCUAGCAAGUUUAUACAAGAAUACCUCGGUGUUAGAAAACCAUCACUGGAGGUCAGCAGUGUGCGUGCUUCAUGAAUCUAAAUUAUUUUCACAUUUUCAGUUGAGGAAGGUAUGUCAAAUGGAAAGCCAGCUGGGUUCCCUAAUUCUAGCUACAGACAUAAGCCGCCAGAAUGAGUUUCUGUCACAACUGAUAUCUCGAUUGGACAUGAGUGACUUGUGUUUAGAUGAUGCCAGCCAUCGACAUUUCAUGCUGCAGAUAGCACUGAAAUGUGCAGAUAUCAGUAACCCAUGCCGGCCUUGGGAACUGAGUAAGCAGUGGAGUGAAAAAGUAUCCCAAGAAUUUUUCCAUCAAGGGGAUAUUGAAAGGAGGAAUAAGCUAGAUAUAAGUCAGCUAUGUGAUCGCCACACAGAAACUGUAGCCAAUAUUCAAAUAGGUUUCAUAACUUAUGUAGUGAAGCCUCUUUUUGUGGAGUGGUCUCGAUUUGCCAACAGCACACUGUCCCAGACCAUGCUUGGACAUCUUAGUUUGAAUAAUGCUAGCUGGAAAGGAUUAUUACAGGAACAGACCCGGAGUAGAGAGGAUACUGAUUCUAUUUGCGAGGAAAUGAACUGACUUGUACCUCAGGAAAGCUGA